CUCGACGAUCGGCUGGGUAUGUCUGGGUGAGUUCGGCCGUCUGCUCUGGGCCCUCGCGCUUGCGUACUACGGCUCGUUCCCGUCACCGCGGCCCGGAUCGGGAAGUGUCAAGUGGGAGCCGGGUUCCCCCGCCUCCGCUGCCGCCACCGCUGAGCCCGGACCCCCUCGGCCUGGCCGGGCACUACCGCCAUGACGAACGUGUACUCCUUGGACGGGAUUCUGGUGUUUGGUUUGCUCUUUGUUUGCACCUGUGCCUACUUCAAGAAAGUCCCUCGUCUCAAGACCUGGCUGCUUUCAGAGAAGAAGGGAGUUUGGGGUGUGUUUUACAAAGGUAAGGUCUUAUCUGGACACAGAGAGAAGAUAGCCAUUUUUGAGCGGUGUGGUUCUGUACAUGAGAAGGGCUGCUGUGAUUGGAACCCGGCUGCAUGCUGCUGUUGCAAUUGCCUGCAUUAUAAUGGCCUUUUACGUCCUGUUCAUCAAAUGAAUUCCAAAGUACCCAGCUUAUCAACUGCCAACCAAGGGGAUAAAGAUGAAGAAGUUGUCGGAAACCUGGACCCAGUGUAGGAGAACUCAGCUAAAAUCAUCAGUGUCCCCAAGAUGACACUGCAGCAUCUGCCUGCGAUAUGUGGGGAAAACUCAUGGUCACAAACAUUAGUUUUGCUUCAGGAGACUCCAGAAAGCCAACUCUUUUGAUCUGUGUGUUAAUCAGCCCUCAGCAGCAAGCCUAUAUGUCCAGAUAAAUUAAACCCCUCAGUGAUAUGAUUAUGACCUAUUGUUAUGACCAGCUGCCUGCUGGGUGGCAGCUCAGUGGUAGUGCAUUUGCUUGGUAGCAUUGUCAAGGUCCUGAGUUUGAUCCCGAACACUGAAAAGAACAACCUACAACUGUUCAUCUAUUUUGCUCUUAGUCCCUCAUCACAAUCUUAUAAACUGAGGCUCAUUGGGGAAAGAUAUAGGCUGUGUGAAGACUUUGUGGAAGAGGAGACUUUUUUUUUUUUUAAAGACAGGCUUUCUGCAUAGCCCUGGCUUUCCUGGAACUCUAUGUAGACCAAGCUAGCCUCAAACUCACAGAGAUCUGCCUGCCUCUGCCUCCUGAGUCUGGAAUUAAAUGCGUGUGCUAGGAGAUAAUUUUUAAGGCUUGAUUUUUUUUUCAUUGGCUAAUUUGAUCUGUUGAAUUGGGGAGGAAGAUUGGGACUAGAUGGGAAAUAGGAGUUAUGAAAGACCAACAAAUUGUUUGGCUUUUGAAAUGUGUUCUUUCUGUGCAUCUGGGAACGUAAGAGUGUGGUUCUUGCUGCAGAAAGAACAGAUUGCCAUGUGCUGGUAGCUGGAGGGCUUUUCCAAGAGAACCUGAGCACAUGUGAAAUCCAGGGUUACGGUAAUAAGACGAGAAGCAGUGACUUGAGACAAGGAAGCAGUUUCCCACUUCUCAGUGUCCCCAAAGAAGACUUCACUCGACCAACUGAUAGAGAAAAUGAACCAACUCUUGCUAUUUCUUAACACUUUUUUUUUAAACACUUUCCAAAUUACUUAGUGAUAAGUACCGUUACUUGGUUUUUAAAUCUGAAUGCUGGGGAUGGGGACUACUGAAGAAAUAAUUGAUUAAUGCAUUUGAAGUUCUGGUAGAAGAGAUAAGUAAAUUUCAGUAUAUCAGUUCAUACACUAAUAAAUCCAUCUAGUGUAAGAAUUUAUUGUGAUGAAAGUUUUAUGUAGGUGGGAAUUUUAUUGUGUUAUAAAAGAUACAAGCUUGUUCUUCAAUAUGGGUUGUGUCUCUGCCAACUUCCAAUGUUACUCAUACUGCAGUAUUUCACUGUCUCUGUAUUUACUGUGAGACCAUGAGGAACUGAAAUGAGAAAAGUCAUUGAUAUUAACACAUUGGACAGCUCAUAUAACCCAUUUAUGAAAUAAGUGUGUUACUGAGUAAAGGAAAAUGAAGCUUUGCAGAACUGAGUGUUCAGGGCUUUUCCAUGGAGUGUGAGGACUCCUGAGCAGACGAUGUUAGAUGCGUCAACCUUCGAAGGGAAGAUCCCUCCUCCAGCUGUUAGACACGAAGUAACAUCCGACGAUUGAUUAGAUGCUACUAACAUCUUCAACAACGGAAAAAACAGGUCUAAUAUUAGAUAAUAAUAAGCAAGGGUAGACAGUUCUGUUCACAUCGAAUUGUGUAGAAGUGCAGUGGCCACUCGCGGAAGUUAAAGUCUCUUUUGUUUGCAUAUUGCACACGAACAAAGGUUGCUCGGAAGCUCCGGUUCUGAUAGGCUUGAGUGCUUUGGGGUUGGUAGCGGUGUAGAAAGUCAUCCAGUAAAUGGUGCAUGUGUAAGCCUCUUCCUUCAGGAAUUGGUCCACAGGGCAAGUUUCGAUGACUGCUGUUUUCCAUGGUCAUUCCUGAGGAUCUUCCUUCAGGAGAUAAGUAAAGAAAUGGAUCUGGAGAGAUCUUGUGGCUGUGAGUUUGGGCUCUAUGGACCCACCGGAAGUAGGUUCAGCACUAGUUACUUUGUAUUUAAUGACAUUUUCAAAUAGGGCUGCCAUUUCCAGCUUUGCUCUAUAAAACAGCUUCAUUUCUUAAACAGCUUUCAUUCUGCAGCUUCCUUCAUGGGUCCUCUUAGCCUAAACGCUGGACUUGUUAUAUUUUGAGAUGUUUUCCUACCAGAAUGUAUCAAAAAGUACAUGAAGGAGCAAAUAGCCUAUUUCCUUUCUUGACUUUAUGUAAACAGGCAAAUAGAAACCUGCUGUACUUAGUAUUUCGUCUGAUCUUUUUUGUUUUGUUUUGGCAGAGGAAAAAUGAUAAAUUGUUCUUCUAGGGGAAGUCCUUUAGGGGCGGAGGUAUGAGUAGCAAUAUUGCUUCCGAUUCAAGCUGGCGUUACCAUGAACCCUGUGCACCAGGGUAAAAUGAAAUCAAAUCCUUUUUUAUAGUUGAAAUACCAUUUUUUUAUUCACCAUUGUUGGCACAAUCCUUGAAAAUAAAAAUUUUUUUUCCUGUG